GAAGAUGGAGGCGAAGGGAUACGUGCCAGAUUAAUUUAAUUACAUAAUGGAGGCACCAUUUUCCCACUUUUAACCCUUUAGAUGGAUUCUACUUCCCGUCUUUGUGGGUAGUAUAUAUUUUUUAUUAUACAUAAAUAAAAGAAGAAGACGAAGAGGGUUUUUUUCCCUUUGUUGGGCAGAGAGAGGGAGAAAGAAAGGAACCAUGAUGGAGCCGAAAGGAUAGAUUUUCAUUCAUGAAGAACCAGGAUUUUGUUCGGAGAGUCUUGAAGCGCGUGGACGCAGCAGAUCGCAUCAACAGGGCCAACAGUAACAACAUGCUCCUGGCCUCUGCCGUGGUGGUGUGGGAAUGGCUGAACGAACACGGCCGGUGGCGGCCCUACAGCCCCGCCGUCUCCCACCAGAUAGAGGCGGCUAUCCGGAGCAGCGACCCCCGCGGAGGGAGCGUGGUCCUCGGCCAGGUGGACAGCCGGCUCUCGCCUUACAUCAUAGAUCUCCAGUCCAUGCACCAGUUCAGACAGGACACAGGAACCAUCCGUCCGGUGCGGAGGAGUUUUUAUGAUCCAGCCUCAGCUCCGGGUCAAGGUUGGCAGUGGGAGUGGGAAAACGAUGCGGGCACGUGGACGCCGUACGACAUGGAGGUGGCCAUUGCCAUCGAGAGUGCCCACAGUCGCCAGCAGCCCUGCCUCGACCUGACACCACUCGGCUUCUGCUACCUCAUUGAUUUUCAGAAUAUGACGCAGGUGAACAGACAGAGCCAGAGGUGUCGGCGGAUCCAGCGGCGUGCCGACUUGGCCUACCCCUUAGUGUCCGGUCCUCUCCCCGUGCCCAAAGGAGGAGGUGUCGGAGCGAGUGGAGGCCUGACUGGAGCCUUGCUGGGCGUCGGGGUGUCAGGAGCCAGCAUGGGAGCCGGAAACUCCGUCUAUACCAAUGGUGGAUUACCGGCCACUGCGCUGGGCCAGCCGUGUUCCUGCCAGCAGUGCAUGCUGGUCCUCAGUGUGAAGACCAAUACAGGAGGAACAGGAGUAGGAGGGGUACAGACUCUGGGGAGACGCUCUUUAACCAUGCAGCGGCCCAAGAACUCAGCGCCCAUCCCCUCCAAACCUCUGAGUCCGUCCAAAUCAGCCACUCUGGGACGGGGGCAGCAGCAGAAUGCCAACUCCAGCUACUAUCAGACGCUGCCGCACGGCCUCGCCAUCUCCAAGAACACCGCCUCCCCGAGGGUGAACGCCCAGCUCUUCGCUCAGUCUCUCGCUGCCCUCACCGCUGGCACCUCCUCCAUGGGGAUCUCCACGUCUUCCAGCAGACCGCCUCCGCCAUCGCUCCCGCCACCUCAGCCUCCCACGUCCAACCCGAACCCUCCGUCCAUCCCCCCCAAGCACUCCUCAUCUUCAGCCAGCGACUCGGUGCCAACCGCCACAUUGAUUACCCCAGCCAGCAGCGUGACCACGCCUCCUUCUCCUGUGCCAACUCCUUCACCCGUGGUGAUGAAGCCGCAGCGGUCAGCAUCUUCUGCAGCGACAUUGUGCCACGCGCCUUUACCGCAACGAUCAAGCUUAGCCGGGCUGAGCAGACCGGCGUUACAGAGGAUUGCUAUGGCUCAGUCCAGAGCGCUCAUAGCUUCAGGCGUGCCCACCGUCCCGGUGAAGAACCUCAACGGGUCCAGUCCCGUUCACCCCGCACUGGCCGGGAUCACAGGAAUCCUGAUGAGCGCUGCGGCUCUGCCCGUGUGUCUGACCAGGCCUCCGAAGCUCGUGCUGCACCCUCCGCCGGUCAGCAAGAGCGACAUCAAGCCGGUGCCCGGCUUCGGCCACUGCUGCAGGAAGACCACCAAGAAGCAGGCUCGCAAGGGUAAAACUCCCGAGGAGGUGGUGAAGAAGUACCUGCAGAAAGUAAAAAGCCCACCAGAGGAGGACUGUACCAUCUGUAUGGAGCCGCUGGGGGGCCCGUCUGGAUACAAGGGUCCAGGGGUGGGGCCUGUUUCCAGGGCGGAGUCAGUUGGGCGGCUAGCACAGUGCGGCCACCAGUACCACUUCCAGUGUCUGGUGGCCAUGUAUAACAACGGCAACAAGGACGGCAGUCUUCAGUGUCCCACCUGUAAAACCAUCUACGGCGUGAAGACAGGAAACCAACCUGCAGGGAAGAUGGAGUACCACGUCAUCCCCCACUCUCUACCGGGCCACCCCGACUGCAAAACCAUACGCAUCAUCUACAACAUCCCACCAGGCAUUCAGGGACCAGAGCACCCGAACCCAGGGAAGCCCUUCACUGCCAGAGGCUUUCCCCGACACUGCUACCUCCCAGACAGCGAGAAAGGACGCAAGGUACUGAGACUGCUCCUGGUGGCGUGGGACCGCAGGUUGAUCUUCUCAGUCGGUACUUCAAGCACUACAGGAGAGUCGGACACUGUCAUCUGGAACGAGGUCCAUCAUAAGACGGAGUUUGGCUCCAACCUGACAGGCCACGGCUUCCCCGACCCCGGACACCUCGACAACGUCCUGGAAGAGCUGCGAGCUCAGGGCAUCACGGAGGACGACGCACUGAUGGAGAAGUGAGAGGGCAACACGAGAGGAGGAUGGCGAGGAAGAGGAGGAGAAAGAAUCUCUCUGCCAGCACUUAGCAGGGGGCACAUUGGCGAUUUGGGGUAAUGGGGGAUAUUGAUUUUGUUCAAUCGCAUCAACCGAGGUGGGUGGAAGUUUGAAGAAGCAGCAGCAGCUCAGAAAGAAAAACCAGAGUGAUGAAGAGGAGGUUUUGUUACUAAAUAUCUAGGUACUAAACGACAGCGGUGAGAGUGAAUCGGUACUAAUGAUUAGGACAAAAACAAGUUUACUUUACUGAGAGAGAGCCAAAAUAAAAAAGAAGGAAAAGUGUUAGAGCAGUUCAAUAAAAACUGGGAGAGGAAGGACAAAGAGAGGAAGACUACGGAGCAGUUUGGGGGAAGGAAGGACGGUGGGAGGAGGGGCAGCAGGAAGAGCGAGAGAUGGUGCACGGAUGUAGUGUAGGAUAGGAGUAGAGUAACAUUAACCUUUCAGCUGAGUGCUGCCUUUGUUCAAACCACCUGCUCACCUGCGGUUGAAGUGCAGUGCUGUGGCGCCCCCUGGUGGGUUUUCUUUUGAACUACAUGUCAGUCUGCAGGCUGAGAUAUCCACUUUAUUUUCUCAUUGUUACUAUAAUCCUCCUCAUUUAAAGUUAUUCCAUAUUUUACCUCUUACCUGAUGGUUUUACGCGAGCUCGGCUCCGUGUGAUCGUGAAAUGACUAAAGACCAAACCGACCCCCGCUCACCUGCCGGGUGCCUUCGGAGUCUUACUAUCGAGCCACUGUGGUACGAGUUAACCUUAGACACAGGUACCGGUUUUCUUUGUUUCAUUCUUUUGUUUCUGACAGAUCACUGAAUGCUGUUUUUCUGUCUAUGAAGUAUUUCGUUAGAGCCGAAUGAACGUGUCUGGUAGCGGGUAAAGAGGAGUGAGACACGAGCGUGAGGCUGGGAUCAGAGAUGGGCAGGAGGUCUGAAGGUCGGGGAGGACGGAGAGAGCUCAGGAGGUCUGACGGUGUACUCUCAAAUCUACUGAGUGGGAACAAAGGGCCAAUGCAUGCUUUUUACAAAAGCACUUGUCGGACUCAGACUCUAUGGCCGAGUGUGAAGCAGAGGGAUGAGAAUUAGCACCUCCAAAAACAGGCUAAUCUGGGCGUGAAGGUUAAUCUGUAGAUUUACUGGUCAAGGCUCCUCUCCUCACCUGCGGCCACGAGCUGUGGGCAGCGACCAAAAGAGGCUUGGUGAGGAGCUCAGAGCAGAGCUGCUGCUCCUCCACAUCGAGAGGGGCCGGCUGAGGUGAUGCAGGCAUGUGACCCGGAGGAGGCGCUGCAGCAAAUCCAGGACAUGCUCGAGAGAUUAUGUCUCUCAGCUGGCUCGGAAAGGCCGCGGUGUCCCACCUGGAGGAGGCUGCCCCCAUCAAUCCGACUCGGAUAAUUGGUAGAAAACAGACUGAGCAAGAUGCCUGCCCCUCCUCAUCUCAAAGCAAAAAAAACUGCUUCACAGGUUUAAAAAGCUGUUUAUCCCACAGAUGAAACAUUAUAAAUGUCUCUGGCUCCUUCCAGAUUUUACCAGGAAGUCCCAUUACAUGACAUAUCCAUCAUCCAGAGCUUUGAAGUCUGACACAGUCGGGAACUUCCACUCUCUGUGCUUCCUGUUUCAAAGGUGACGCUUGUGAGAUGGUCCAGAAUGAGCAGAGCUCCGUGGAACAACAGUGGAAAUGUUCUCAGGAGAAGAUGUGAGGUCCACAGACAAACACCAGUUUUUAGACUUUUACAGGCUUUGAUUGCAGUAAAAUAUCUUUCUGUGAGUAUUUAGAGACUGGACCACGAUCCAGUUCACGGCAUCCGCCUUUACGAUUUCAGGCGUGAAGCAGGCAGCGGCCUCCUGACGGCCUUCAACCUUCAACCACCACAACCAGCUGCUGCGGCUUUAACUCUGCUAACACCUGGUUAUUGUUUGGAAACUAAUCAUAAAUCCUCAACUGACCAACCAGCAUGGGUUUUAUGGGCAAAAUCAGAUUCACUUAAAAAAAAGAAUAGCAUUGUUUUAUUUUGGUCAGUACAUAUUAAUAAAAUUAUGUUUGAAAAAAGCGAAAUAUCUUUUGUCUGGUUGCAGGUGUGUAUAAUUAUUUUAACCAUUUGGCUCCAUUCACUCCAGACUGUCUCACAGCCUCAGCUGAUCUGCAGCUAAACAGGAAGUGGAAGCGCUCGCCUUAGAUUGGCUCUGAGGGUUGAAAUGAUUGAUAAUAAAGCGUGCCUCCGCCCUGUCUCUCCACGACCGAUAACGGCCUGCCCAGUCUCUGAGUUGGGUCUCUAAAUGACCUCUUAUCUCGACUUCUGUGUACUGUGUAUGCUACCAACAUGCUCCCAGUUUAGGCUUUUAUUUUGGUGAUUACGACAAUGGUACUUCCUUCACUUCUUUAUUAAAUUUUUUAUGGAAUCUAGGUACACCUUUGCUUUUUAAUAGCAUAUUUCUUGACACUAUUAUAGAUUAAAUUGCCUUUUUUUCUUCAUUUUUUUGUACAUUUAUGUUGUAUUAAUUAUGCUCCUGUUUUUUUAAUGACAUAAUGUGUUUACAAAGACAGUAUUAUUAAAUGUAAUGUCUUUUUUUUCUCCCCCUCUCAGUGUACAGAAGCUGAUUUGCAUCAUCUUUUCUUUGGAAAAGGAAUUUGAUGGUAGACUUUUAUCUGAGUGUGACAUGUAAUGAAUUUGAAUAGAGAGUCAAACACCUUGUACACUUGCUGUUCUGUGAGGUUUCUGCACAUCGUUGUCCUGCAGACGUUUGAAGGUCUCGCAGCAGAUGUUUGUAGAUGGGUUCGUCCCGCCCUCCUUCAGCAGCAAUUAAAACACCUGAAAAUGUUAUUAAAAAAAAUCACAAUUUCCUCUUGUGUUGAUGCAGUUUCAGCUCUUUGGCUCAAACACUGCUCAGCGACUGAGGAAAGCGCUGAUUUUGUAUGAUCAAUUAGGUCUAAAAUUGUCUUUUUCUUAAUAAAAGAAUGCUUUGAAACAAA